AUGGCCUUCAAAGCAGUAGUUUUAGUCGGAGGACCGCAGAAAGGUACUCGCUUCCGUCCACUCUCUUUACAAUGUCCGAAACCAUUCUUCCCAAUAGCAGGAGUCCCUCUUGUAGAACAUCACAUAGAUCUUUUGAGCCAGCUUCCUGGUUUAUCUGAAAUUCUAAUUAUCGGUUUUUAUAACUCCAAUGAAUUUACUGAGUUUAUUGAUAGAUGUCAGAAAGUAUACCGAAUAUCGAUAAAGUAUCUACAAGAGUCUCAGCCUUUAGGGACGGGUGGUGGUUUGGUACAUUUUCGUGAUGUGCUUCUUGCUGGGAAUCCUGAAGCUAUUUUCGUUUUUAACGUGGAUGUGUGCGGGGAUUUACCCGUGGCGAAAAUGUGUGACCGCAUGAAAUCUUUACCCGAAUCGAGCGUGCUUUUGUUGACAACUGAGGCUACUAGAGAACAGAGCAUAAACUUCGGAUCUGUAGUGGUUGACAGUGAAGGAAAAGUUCUGCAUUAUGUUAACAAGCCCGAUACAUUUGUUUCAACAUACAUAUCCUGCGGGGUAUAUCUGUUCAAAACGGAUGUCCUUAAGAAUUUGUGUGGUGACAGUCAGACCGGUAGCUUGUGGCUUGAGAAAGAUCUUUUCCCUCAGCUGGCCUCUUCUGAAAAGUUAUUCACCCUGCACACGAAUACAUGGUGGAGUCAAACCAAAACUCCUGCUGCUGUUCUUUACGCGAAUAGACAUUAUCUACGACUAUAUAACAAGCGAUAUGCUGCAAGAUUAUGUAGAGGCGGAGCAGAUAUAAUAGGCGACGUUUUCAUUGAUCCCAGUGCAAAAGUUGAUCCAUCUGCCAGAAUUGGGCCGAAUGUUAGUAUUGGUCCACAAGCCAAAAUAGGAAAAGGCGUCCGAAUCAAGGAGUCUAUUAUCCUAUCCGGAGCAGUUAUUCAUGAACAUGCAUGUGUAUUGCACUCGGUCAUAGGGUGGAGAUCAGAAGUUGGAGAGUGGGCUAGAAUAGAAGGUAUUCCAUUAGCUCCUAAUCCAAACGUACCUUUUGCAAAACUUGAAAAUAAGCCUCUUUUCCUCUCAGAUGGUAGGUUGACUCCAUCGGUCACUGUUGUUGCCAAUGAUGUCAGCAUAGCACCAGAAACUAUAAUUUUAAACUGCGUUGUUUUGCCAUUCAAGGAACUCACUUGUAGCUACAAAAAUCAGAUAAUUCUUUAA